CCUCCGAUCCGCUCUCUCGUCUGUUCCCUUAACCAGCCAUCCCCUCCCUCCCCCUCCUACUGGCUUCUUCUCCCUCUUAUGUGCAGGCAAUGCCAUGUCCCGCCCCCAGGUCAGCAUCGACCGGCUUACCCCCCGUCGCGUCCAUGCCGAGCCCCGCGAGUCGAUGAACUGCAAGUCUUGUCGGAAACGAAAGAUCAAAUGUAAUCGUCUACGCCCGAGCUGUGAGGCCUGCAAGGUCUUCCAGUGUCCUUGUAUCUAUGACGCCGUUCCCAAAAAGCGUGGGCCCAAAACCGAUGUGCUUGAGGCCCUGCUGAAGCGUGUCGAUGGACUGGAGAAACGUCUCCAGGAAGACUCGCCCAUUUCGCCUACCUCUGCCACCUCGCCAAUUAAAUCGUUGGAACAGCAUCUGCUGCCGUCCGCAUCGACCUCGUUCCAACUGCCCCCGCCUUCGCAUAGUUUUCCGCCCCCACCGCCGCAACCACAGCCUCGGCUACCGGAUUCCAUGCUGGACACCUACUUUGCUCGUCUACAUGGGAAGCCGUACUGGAUUCUGGACGAGCCUGCUACUCGUCAGCGGCAUCAGCAUGGCCAAUUACCGGCCCAUUUAUCUAUGGCCAUCUACGCGCUCACGCUGAGAUAUACCACGCCUAAUCCACCCCAGGGGAGCCUCGAGUCUGCUCGCCAGGCGCGACGGCUAGUCGACAUUGACAAUCCGUCGAUCGAAGGGACACAGUCUCUUUUAUUGCUCUGUCAUACAUUUUUCGCCUACGGCUGUGGCAAAACAGCCUACAUGGUCCUAGCUAACGCGGUGUCCAUGACUUUGGCGCUGGACUUGUAUCGAGAAGCACCCGCGGCGCUGCCUGCGGCGGAACGCGAGAUGAGACGGCGACUGUUCUGGACCGUCUACGUGAUGGAUCGGUUUCUUACUUGUGGGUCUAAACGACCGUGUCUCAUCGCCGACCACUCCAUCGUUCUCCGUCUCCCCGGCGCCGGCGCCGGCUCCGAAGCCGGCGAAUGCUUCAACCCGGUCGGUCCCAAUAUUCACUACUCCCCGGAUCGUCGGAAAGGCCCUGGAGGCCCCGCGCUCCUGGUCGAUAUCACGCGCAUUCUAGGCGUCACCCAUCGCUAUCUAGCCGCCGGAGGCGUCAAGGGCGACUCCCACUUUCCCUGGCACGCCCUCUCCAACCUGUCCAAGAUCCGCCAGGAACUCGACCUCUGGGCAGCCGGCACGCAGGACCUGUUUGCGUCGAUCGAGACGCUGUUCGGCCAUCCGGAUAGCACGCUGCUGCUAUUGAGCAAGCUGAUCUAUCAUCUGGUGCACUGUCUACUCUACCGACCCUUCUUGCCGAUUGACCUGGUGGAACUGCGCGGCACGGGGCAGCAUCAGUCGUGGCAGAUUGAGGCGACGACGCUCUGCUUCUCUCACGCCAACGCCAUCGCCGAGCUGGUGGAGCUGGCGCGACAUGCCCCGCGGAUUGAGUGGCCGGCCUUAGUGGCAUACUGCGUCUGCACGGCCGGCACAGUGCACGUGCACGGGGUACACUAUCACGGGCGUGAGGGGGAGGUAUUUGCGUCGAGCGCAGACUUUUUGGCGCGUGAGAUGCACCAGCUGUCGUGGUUGCGGCAGUACUGGGCGGGGGUGCAGCACCAACGGGAGAUGCUGCAAAGCAUCUCGGCGUGUCACGCUGAGCUGGUGCGGACCAUGGCGGUGCGGCCAGUGCGAUUUGCGCCGGUGUUUCACUUGGAGGACUUCCUGGACCGGUAUCCAGGGCUGGCAGUGGAUGGAGGACAUGUCCGAUUAGUGGAUGUGGACCAGCCUAUGCCGCUUGAUCAACCGGACUUCUCCGGCCGACUGAUGUACCCACCCACAUCCUCCUUACCAUCCCAAGGACGACCGUCUAUCAGCUUCCAGCCAUCCCAACCAUCACCACCGUGGCCGCAGCCCGACUUGAAUCUACCCGAGGGCAGUCUCGGGUUCUCCCCGGGGGUGGGCACUUCGCCGGCGGCGUUUUUGUCCGACACAUUUACGGCCCCCACACCACCAGCACAACCCCAGUACGCAACAUUCCCGUUCGAGGCGACCCCAGGCGGGGCGGCCCUCACACCAGACGCGCCGUCGCAAAGCUCUGGGGGAAUGGGGCCAGCAGCGACAGGCGAUAGCGAAAAGGACCCGUUCCUGAGUUUACUGGAGCAGUUGGCGGAGAACGAGCACUCACAGGGAGGACCCAGCGAACUGGACUUUUUCCUGGGAGAGGGAUUGGACACGAUACCGGGGGAGAUUCCUGAUGGAAUUCCGGAGGGCGAAUGAUAUGAUACCCUGUAUAAUACCAGCAUAGCAUAGCAGAUACGAAUCACAUGACAUGAC